AUGGCUUCUCCCGCCGAGGACGUGAUGCCGACUCGUGAGCCCUCAAUUGCGACCGUUUCGGAGAAGAACGAGGAGCAGGAGAAGAAUCUGGACGAGCCAGACAGGAAUUUGGACGAAAGCCCGCCAUCGGCUACCGCCCCGCCACCCACACCCGCACCCGACGUGCCACCCAACGGCGGUUACGGCUGGGUGUGUUGCGCAGCAACCUUCUGGAUCAACGCCCAUACUUGGGGCUUGAAUAGCAGUUACGGCGUCUUCUUGGCUCACUACCUGUCCAACAAUGUCUUCCCAGGCGCAACCCGUCUCGACUUCGCUUUCGUUGGCGGUCUUUCAAUCUCACAGGCUUUGUUCGUGGCGCCUCUGGCCACCAUGACCACUCGCCGUUUUGGAACUCGUGUGACGCUUCUUAUUGGAGUUUUCUUUGAGACGCUCUCUCUGAUCGGCGCUUCAUUUGCGACAGAGAUAUGGCAGCUCUUCCUGAGCCAGGGCGUCUGCUUCGGCUGGGGAAUGGGUUUUCUCUUCGUGGGUUCCGUUGGGGUUACUCCACAGUGGUUCACAACGCGCCGCAGCUUCGCCAACGGCAUAACCGCCUCAGGCUCUGGGCUAGGGGGCUUGAUGUACUCACUUGCCACCAAUGCCAUGAUACAGCGCAUCGGCCUGGAUUGGGCCUUCCGAAUCCUCGGAAUUUGCGCAUUCACUGUCAAUACCGCCUGCGCCCUGCUCAUCAAGGACCGGAACAAGAAGAUUGGCUCCUCUCAGCUAGCCUUCGACUAUCGGCUCUUCCGCCGACCAGAGUUUCUGCUGCUCCUGGGCUUCGGAUUCCUCAGCAUGCUGGGCUACAUCGUACUGCUCUUCUCGCUACCGAACUACGCGCAGAGCGGUAUCGGCCUGUCAGCACACCAAGGCUCGGUCAUCGGCGCCGUGCUUAACCUCGGUCAAGCACUAGGCCGACCCCCGAUCGGUUAUUUUAGCGACAAUGUCGGCCGCAUGAACAUGGCCUCGGUCAUGACCUUCCUCGCCGGCCUGUUCUCCCUCGUCAUCUGGAUCUUCGCAAAGACCUACGGCGUCAUGAUCUUCUUUGCUCUGGUCGUCGGCAUGGUUGCUGGAACCUACUGGGCCGUCGUUGCCCCGGUCACGGCUGAGGCUGUUGGCAUUGCCGACCUGCCGUCAGCAUUAUCAAUCACAUGGGUCAUCCUUGUGAUCCCGACGACCUUCUCGGAGGCCAUUGCGCUGCAGAUCACGGCUUCCAAUCACGGCAACUAUCUCGGGGCACAGAUUUUCACUGGAUUCAUGUACAUUGGGGCCGCGGUCUUCUUGUGGUUACUGAGGGCGUGGAAGAUUGGUGAAAUGGAGCAGCUGGCUGCAGAGAAGAAUGGGUCUGAAGACAGUGCUGAUCCGGUUUCUGAGCAUGUUGCUGAGCCAGUGGCGCACGAAAGCAACGGUACUGUGAAAAGUAAUUUCUUGAAGAGGAUGGUGAUGCUGAAGAGGGUAUAG